GGAGUACACACAUUCACAAACAUUGUUGUAGGCACAAAAAUCAUGGUGAAGAUCAUUGAAGAAAUGGACCUCUUUGAUGAACAAGUAACUGGGUUCACUGAAGAUGAUGAGCAAAUCGACUAUGAUAAGCUGAAGGAACGCAUGUGGAGGGAUAGGAUUCUUCUGCAGAAGCUGAAGGAGAAAGGAGAAGAACCAGAGCUUGAAGCAAAACAAGAGGCAUCAAGGAGGAAGAAGAUGUCAAGAGCACAAGACUCAAUCCUCAAGCACAUGAUGAAGAUCAUGGAAGUUUGCAACGCUCAAGGCUUUGUCUAUGGAAUCAUCCCAGAAAAGGGAAAACCAGUCACUGGUUCCUCAGAAAGCUUGAGACAAUGGUGGAAAGAAGAUGUCAAAUUCACAAAAAAUGCUCCCUCUGCAUUAACCAAGUUCUUUCCCCUCCUUGAAAACCAAGAGUUUGAUCCAAAUUCAUAUAUUCAUCUAUUGAAUGACUUGCAAGAUACAACAUUGGGUUCUCUGCUUUCUGCUCUGAUGCAACACUGUGUUCCUCCACAGAGAAGAUUCCCACUUGAGAGAGGCCUGGCACCACCAUGGUGGCCCAAGGGGACAGAGCAAUGGUGGGGUGAACAGGGCUUUCUGGCUCAAGAACAAGGGCCACCUCCUUAUAGAAAGCCUCAUGACUUGAAAAAGGCUUGGAAAGUUUCUGUGUUGGCUGCUGUUAUCAAGAACAUGUCUCCUAAUUUGGAUAGAGUGAGAAGGUUUGUGACUCAGUCCAAGACUUUGCAAGGCAAGAUGACAGCCAAAGAUAUUUCAACUUGGUCCAAAGUUAUGAACCAAGAGGAAGCCUUGCUGAAAAUACCUCCAUCAGAUCACAAAGAUGGAAAUUGCCAACAAGGUACUAAAGUUGAGUUUGAUAAUGAUGAUGAUGAUGACUACUAUUUAUGUGAGAAGAGGAAGAACAUGUUUGAUUUAUAUGAUGCUGCUGCUGUUGUUGCUGAUGAUAAGGUGUAUUCUUGUCAAUAUGCUGAGUGUCCUCAGAGUGAUUUGUGUGUGGGAUUUCCUGAUAAAAGUUCAAGGAUGAAUCAUGAAUCUCUCUGUGCUUACCGCAAUGACCAAAGCCAUGAUUCUUUACAUGAUUACCUGUCAAAUGACACUAGAAAGGUAAGUGUUGAUGAUUGGAUUAGUAUGGAGCUAGAAAGGGCUCAUCAGAAUCAGAAUGAUCUUGUUGGGAAUGUGAAUGAGACAGAAGAUUUUAGUGGCUGUUGGCUAAAUGGCAUUCAAGAUCUUGGCUUGCAAUUGGAACAAGUGAUGCCACAAGGUCAAGAAGAUACCCCAAUUUGGGACUUUGGAUACAAUUAAGUGCAUAUUUGAAAAUUCCUCAACAAUUGAUAGCAUGUUUGGAUUCACAUUCUGAUUUUUGAAAAUCAAUUUUGCUAAGCUAGUGGAAAUUGCUUCUUCCAUAAUCAGUUUUUCUUCAAACGUGGACUUCUACCGUGUAUUCACUGAUUGUGCGGCCAGAAUCAAUUAUAGGAAAAGCUUCUGAAUUCCAGAAUUGAUUUUAAAGAAAGAGAAGUUGAUCCAAACAUGCUAUACAUUCCUCGUCUCAUUCCCUGCUUUGUUUAUACUAAAAUAAUUCGAGAUGAUCCACUGUCUCCCUCCUGAUGUAACUCAUGAGCAGGGCCGUGUAAAGCUUUAAAAUAAUUAGGCAAUUGCCUAAGAUCCCAAAAUUGCUAAAGGCCCCAAUUUUCUUUAU